AUGGCCAUCAAAAACAAACAAGUGCGCAAACUGCAGCACAUUAAGCGCAAGCGAACAGAGAAUGCGGCCAAGCACAAGUUGCGCCAUGAACGGCGGAAGGAAGAAGCCAAAGACCCGAGUCUCAGAGCGGAGCGUCUUGCUCGUUCUGUGCCGUUGACGUUGGAUAGAAAACGAACGUGGGAUGAUAUAGGCAGUGACGACGAGAAUCUACUUGGAUUGAGUGUUGAUAUCGAGAGGCUGAAGAGACAACGACAAGAAGAAGAAGAAGAAGAAGAAGAAGAGGCGGAUGCCAAAGAGGAUGAGAAUGAAGACGAGGGAAGCGAGGAGGACGAUGCUGACGAGGUCGACAGCAUGAUUAUGACCGACUCAGAAGAAGACGACGAUGAUAAUGACGAUAACGACGAAGAAAAGAGCAAUAAAUCCAAGCCCAGCAAGAAGAAUACAAAUAAAAUCCCCACAGCCACGGAACGAGCAACAUCACCCACUCAUUCAACAAAAUCCACCAAUCUCAACCUCGCACCCGAGGCCCUCGCAGCAAAAUUCCCAAGCCUAUUCUCAUCGUCAACACCCACAACACCUCCCAAAAUCCUAAUCACAACUGGAAUCAACUCAACCCUACACCACGAAGCCAAACUCCUCACCUCCCUAUUCCCCAACAGCGUAUACAUCCGGCGAAGCGCGCAUGCGCACGCGCACAAAUUCUCAGUCAAGGAAAUCUCCAAAUUUGCAUCCAACCGGAACUUCACGGCCAUCGUAAUUGUGAACGAGGACCAAAAGAAAAUCUCGGGGUUAGACAUUGUCCAUCUGCCCCAGGGCCCCAUGUUCCACUUUUCAGUCUCCAACUGGAUUGAAGGGAAAAAGUUGCCGGGUCACGGCACGGCGUCAGAGGCAUAUCCAGAACUGAUUCUGAAUAAUUUCCGCAGUCCGCUCGGUAUGUUGACGGCGCAUUUGUUUAGGAGCUUGUGGCCCGCGCAGCCGGAUCUUGCGGGCAGACAGGUUGUUACUAUACAUAAUCAGCGAGAUUACUGCUUUGUGCGCCGGCAUCGGUACGUGUUUCGCGAGAAACGCGAGACGGAGAAGCCUGUUGUUGGCGCUGAUGGGAAGGAGAUGAAAGGCGUCGAGGGGAUUAAGGCAGGGUUGCAGGAGUUGGGUCCGAGAAUGACGCUGAAGUUGAGGAGGGUUGAUAAGGGAAUUCAGCGUGCGAGUGGGCAGGAGUGGGAAUGGAAGGGGAAAAUGGAGAAGACGAGGACCAAGUUUCAGCUGUAG